AGAAUCUUCUGGAAACUCCUCACUCUCUCUAUAACCCCCUAAUAAGCCCUAGUAGAAAUCGUCACCAAACGAAUCCCACUUUUGCUCGUUUUACAUUCCCUCGCCCCUUAUCCGUUCACAAACACCCAAGAGAACCCACCCUAGCGAUUCAUCAAGAGCUUACCCAAAAUCUUGGUGAAAUGGCAUCAACCAAUGCUGUUUGCACUGCCUCAAUCCUGUCCACUCCCUCAAAACAGGGAGGUUUGAGGGGAACGAGGAUGAACCAAUUGCAGGGGCAGAAGGUUAACUACAAGCCCACAAAAAGCAGGCUUGUAGUCAGGGCUGCAGCUAAAGAAAUUGCCUUUGACCAGAAUUCCAGGAUUGCCCUUCAAGCUGGAAUUGAUAAGCUUGCUGAUGCUGUUGGUCUUACUCUUGGUCCCAGGGGAAGGAAUGUGGUAUUGGAUGAAUUUGGAGCUCCCAAGGUGGUUAAUGAUGGUGUGACUAUUGCUCGAGCUAUUGAGUUGCCUAAUGCCAUGGAAAAUGCUGGUGCUCAAUUGAUUAGGGAGGUUGCAAGCAAGACGAAUGAUUCUGCUGGUGAUGGAACAACUACUGCAUCAGUUCUCGCUCGUGAAAUUAUUAAGCUUGGUUUGCUGAGUGUUACUUCUGGUGCCAAUCCAGUUUCUGUGAAGAAAGGCAUUGAUAAAACUGUACAAGGUUUGAUUGAUGAGCUAGAGAAAAAGGCCAGGCCAGUUAAAGGUCGUGAAGAUAUCAAAGCCAUUGCUACUAUCUCUGCUGGAAAUGAUGAAACUAUUGGAAUCAUGGUUGCUGAUGCAAUUGACAAGGUUGGACCUGAUGGUGUCUUGUCCAUUGAGUCAUCCUCUUCCUUUGAGACAACAGUCGAUGUGGAGGAAGGAAUGGAGAUUGAUAGGGGAUACAUCUCUCCACAAUUUGUUACCAAUCCUGAGAAACUAAUUGUUGAGUUUGAGAAUGCACGGGUAUUGGUCACAGAUCAGAAGAUCUCUGCUAUUAAGGACAUAAUUCCAUUGUUGGAGAAAACAACGCAGAUAAGGGCACCUCUACUCAUUAUUGCUGAAGAUGUCACUGGAGAGGCUUUGGCCACUCUAGUUGUUAACAAGCUUCGAGGUAUCCUGAAUGUUGCUGCUAUCAAAGCUCCUGGGUUUGGUGAAAGAAGAAAAGCCCUUCUUCAAGACAUCGCUAUUGUAACUGGAGCUCAGUUCCUAGCUCAAGACUUGGGACUGCUUAUUGAGAAUGCUACAGUUGAACAAUUGGGUACUGCGAGAAAGGUGACGGUCACUAAGGAGUCAACAAUCAUCAUUGCUGAUGCUGCAUCAAAGGAUGAGAUACAGGCUAGAAUUGCACAGAUAAAAAGGGAGUUGGCUGAGACUGAUUCAAUAUACGAUUCUGAGAAACUUGCUGAGAGGAUUGCUAAAUUGUCUGGUGGUGUUGCAGUUAUUAAGGUUGGUGCUGCGACAGAGACUGAGCUUGAAGACCGCAAACUCCGAAUUGAAGAUGCCAAGAAUGCUACAUUUGCUGCUAUUGAGGAAGGUAUUGUUCCUGGUGGAGGGGCUGCCUUAGUUCAUUUGUCAACUUCCGUUCCUGCAAUUAAGGACAAACUUGAAGAUGCUGAUGAGCGGCUAGGGGCUGAUAUCGUGCAAAAGGCACUAGUGGCACCUACAUCUUUGAUAGCUACAAAUGCUGGAAUUGAAGGAGAGGUGGUUGUUGAGAAGGUGAAGUCUUGUGACUGGGAACUCGGCUAUAAUGCGAUGACGGACAAGUAUGAGAAUCUAGUAGAUGCUGGUAUAAUUGACCCUGCUAAGGUGACAAGAUGUGCAUUGCAGAAUGCAGCUUCAGUUGCAGGAAUGGUUCUUACUACACAGGCCAUCGUUGUGGAAAAGGCCAAACCCAAGGCCCCUGUAGCUGCUCCCCGAGAAGGAGAACUUGCAAUUUAAUCAGUGUUAUAUAGCUUCUUCAGGAAUUUUGGGCAGUGAGUGUGUUUUGAGAAGUCCUACAAGGGAGGAACUAGGUAGAAGAACAUGAUUUGUUGGACCAUGUCAGCUGGCCCUGGAAACGGUCCUCUCAUUAUUUUGUCAUUUGUGUGGGUUAGGCUAAAUUGCGAAUGGAGGAAAGAGUUACAAUGAUUGGUGAAAAGGGGUGUUGUUGCUGAUGCCUUAAAUUUUACCCUUUAGUGGUAGCAAUUCUAGUUUAUCGGAAUUUAUCUUGUAUAACUGCGAGUGUGCAAGACAUCGAAAAACUCAAAUAAGCAAAAUUGAUUAACAUUUUUGCGAGCA